CCUUAACGUUUUCUAUUUGGGUCGACAAAAUGGCGAAGAAUAUGGAGAAUACCAGUUAUCGCAAAAUUGACGUGGAUGCGUACGAUCCAGAAAAUUACGACGAGAACGAGGAUGCUGGAGAAACACCUGGACUCGGCCCAGAUGAGCGCACCGUGACGUCUUUUUUGCAAACGAACAGGUUCGAGGACGCUUUGCACGCAUCACUUCUGAACCCCCCUCUCAAAUGCAAAAAUCAGGCUGUGAAAGACAAAGCCACGAUCCUUGUGGCAAAAGUACUUGGUUCUUUCAAGUCCACUGAGAUCGACGCCGUCGUAAAGAGGCUUUCCAACGAUGAAGGUGAUAUUCUCAUGAAAUACGUGUAUAAAGCUAUGGAAAUAACUCCAGAAAAUGCUCUCUGUCAAACUUUGCUCACAUGGCAUUCAUUGUUGGUUGCCCGUUUUGGUCUUGGAUCAAUCAUACGCGUGUUCUCUGAUAGGAGUCGUCUCUGAAGUAAUACUUUUUGAAGUAUGCUACCAUAUUGCAGUUACUCAUUGAAUAAUUCACUUGAUAUCAUUUGUUUAUGCUACUUGAAUGCUUUAUACCAUGCAUGGAC